UCAAGAGCGUGUCAGUCCGUCGUCAGCAGCGAGGGAGAGUACGUGUAUCUGGUAAAUGUGUAGUGUUCUCUCAGAGACUUCCAUGAUGCUGGAUUUUGGUGUUUUAUGCAAACUGUGAUUGACAAGAGUGCCCCAGGGGUGUCCUUGAUCGGUAAUAAACUUUGAUAUUUAUAUGACAGUGGAGAGAAUCUUAAAAAAUUAGAGGUGUAGCGAGCGGGAGGUGCUGGAACAACCACCAUUUUGAAUUUGGUGUUACAAGAACGUCAGAAUUGUUGCCGCUGCUGCUUUCUAUACCUGAGAGGGUGGAGUGCGGGCGGUGGACCAAGCAAGCGGGUGACGGUGUGGACCAGAGCGGCACGCAGGCUCCCCAUUGGCUCCUUGGCCGUGACGUAGACGUCCAACGCACACCUCAUUGGACUGUGACAUCAGAUGCUGAUCUCAUCAUUGGCUUAAUAAAGGAGUGACGUAGUUCUACUGGAAAGCAGUGGCCCUGCUUAUUGGCCAAGAAUCAGUGACGUAACUGGGCUUCAACGUCGCGGGACUUCGGUUUUCUUUCAUUGAGAGCGAGUCCUCGGGAUAGUGAACAUCUGCCCUUGGAUACUGGAGGCUCUGUAUCAGGCAGGGUUGGCAUACAGAGUAGUGGUGAACAGUGUACGCGACGACCAGGAACAUUCUUGAUAAAAUACUUGUCACAGCGUUAAACUAAUGAACUAAUAUGUUUAUGACGGUGUUAACAUGAAGUUUAAUAUCAGUGAACUUGAGAGGACAGUGGAGAGAUCAAACCAGUGUGGUGUAAGCCCUGUAGAGAGCUACUAUCAGUGUUUUGUUCUGAAAAUAUGAAUUUGUAGAUUCUAUCAAGGCUACAGGAGUCUUGUGAGGUGCGUCCAAUUGGGCGUAGCGUAUGGGCAGUGCCGCGGUGCGUAGCUAGAGGAAGCAGCAGCAGCAGCAAGAGCAGGUGAAGUAGAGGUGGAGGAACCGUGGGUGUAGGAUGUGCCAGGGGACCCAGGAGUGCUCGGAGCGGUGCGGCAAGAGUACCAGCAACACGUCCAGGAACAGCAUGACAAUGGGCGGCGUAAGGGGCGGCUCUACACUGAACGAGGUGGGCGUGGCUAGGCAUGUGCCUCACUAUGCCUCCACGCCUCACCUGUUUGUCUACCAGGCUGCCGAGGACGAGGAGGAAGUCGACCAUACCCCCAAGGAGGCUAAGGAACCUAUCUAUUCCUCCGCCAUCGAUAUUCGCAAAGCAGCUGCGUCUAAGGAGGCUGAAGCGGUGCGACGCAUCAACGAGAAGUACGACUCGCUGCGGGCCCUGACGGACCGGAGAGACGAUGCAGAGGAUCCCUUGGCGGUCACAGAUGAAGAUGUGUCGCGGAUAGAGACCUUCUUCCGUGGUCAUAAAACUCAGCUGUGGGUGUGCCGCACGAUGGCCAACCUCUACAUCGAGGGCGGGGCCGGCUCCACACACGGCACGUGGGAACUCAAGUAUACAGGGGUACCCAUCCUGUUGCUUGACCAGGGCGAGACCCGCUCGCGCGAUAAACGGCGUCUGCAACUCAUUUUGGCAGAAAAGGGAACUGGUUUUGCUCUCUGGAGAGAUGUAGUGGAUAACUUGACGUCAUAUCGCGCUCAGGAGCCACAAUUCCACACACUCUACUUGUCCUCUGAUCACCGUCGUCGCAUGGGCUUCUCCUUCAACGACGGACGAGCUGCCAGCGAAUUUCACAGCCACAUCGAACGCCUCACAGCUGAUCCGGCUAACAUCUCUCUCUCUGGUCCGGGCAAGAAGAAGAAUAAGACGAAAGAAAAAGUCCAGAAGUACAAAGCACCAAAGAAAACAGAUAUUUCCUCUCCUUGUAACUUUCAACACGUGACUACUGUCGACGCCUGCGACAAGGCACGAUUUUUUUCUCUUCAGGCGUUCUCUAAAAUAAAGAGUAGCCCGCCACCACUCCAACCCCAUACAGUGGUGGAGCUGCCCACGGACACUCCAGACACAAAGCAGUAGAGUAGAGACUCCGUCUUGCUUGGUAAAUUAGUUUAGAUCGAUAAAGUGAUGUUUUAACUACUGUUUAUUAGUGAUGACUUAGUUCAGAGUCAGAGGAAUGACUUGAGUCAGGAGCGUGGAUGGGUGAACCUUCCCUGCUAUUAAACGUGCCAACUUCUCCUCUCUCUCUAAAGUGUGCUUUAGUUGAUGUUAGUGCUGAACUAGCAGAAUAUUGUGCAACUGCACAUGGCGGUGAGAAAGGUGCCAGUGUGAUACAUCACUGAGAGUGGAGAAAUUAAGAAUCGAAUUGUGCUUAGUGAAAUAUUGUGCACUGGUGAGUUGAGUGAAGACUUGAUAGGUGUAGCUUGCGUGAGUGAAAUAGGUUAGCAUAUUGAGCUCCACCAGUGAGCACUGUGACUGGGAUAUCUGGCCGUAAAGUGAUCAGUCUGUCUGCAGACCUGUGGUGCUUCCCUCGUCCUAGUAGUGCCACCAGCCGGGUGCUGAUAACAGGACUUGAGAAUCAAGAAUAUAUCUACACAUCUUAGAAUAAUGCAGUGUAACAGGUCAUUACAUUUACAUAGAAAACUUAACGAACUCGUACAGUCGACACUAUAAAGUUUAAGAAGUACUAAACGAGUGAAAAUAUCCAAUUAUGGACAUAGUCAUGUGGCUAUGAAUUUUAUUUUCUAAUGCUGGAAAGUUCCUAAGCAAAUGUUACUUAUAACUUGAAACUAUAUUUGCUAUAAAAGACAAGACUGUUUACCAAAGCAGUUGUAAACUGUCAUUUUGUAUAACAAUUUUGCCUAUGGUGACUGAUUACUUAUUACAAAUGAUGUGGAACAGAAGCUUACACAAUCAUCAUUGUAUCAUUCUUUUGAAGUAUAUAGAAAAGUUAAUAUUAUUGAAAAAUAACAUUUUGAAAAAACUCAGAUGUAUUUAUAUACAAGAUUUAUACCACCUUGGAACAUCCGGCGCCAUAUAGUUGCGUUUAUAGAAAAUGAGCCUUAUAGAAGUAAUAUAGAGCUCAUAUUUUCUGUUGCGUAUACUGGAUUACAGUCUUGGUGGACGGAGCUGCCACCAGGGCUACCUCCACUUGACAUUGUGUACAGUUCUCUGUCGGUCCACUUUGCUUCAUAUCAGUUAUGUAAUGUAAUAUACCAAACUGCAGACUCAAAUCUGACUUAAGUGGCAAAGUCGUACGUUUUCAUCGUGGUGACGUCACGAGGCAGAAUUGGCUUUGCAAAUAAAUCUCCUGUAUAUUUAAGAUAGAUACCCGUCAUACCAAGUGGCAUAUUCAAUAGGAAUUGUUUAGUUUGCUGGAGUCCUUUAAUAUAAGGCGGCGUUAAUGAUCCAUUAAAGAGGGGUAAUGUAUAUGAUGUCUGCAGUAUGAUAGAACAAGCAUUUCCCCCAUGAGCCAGGUAGCCACCCUAAAAGUUUAGUUUUUACCUUUGCUUGAAAACUUAAUUAUCGAAUUCUUACCCCUCGGUCCAGCAAGGAUGUACAUUGUGAGAGUUGGCCGCCGGGUUGGGAUAACAUAGGGGGUCAGGAUAGUCUUCAGUUCAAUUUGUGUUUCUUCCAUUUACUUGAUAGUUAUACUGUCAUGUACUGAUUUAAAGCUGCUGUAUUUUCUAAGAGGAUAAUGAAAGUGUGUUGAUAUUUGUGUGUAUAUGGUAUGCCUAUAUUAGCUGCUGAAUAUUUGAGCCAUCAUUAAUUAAAGAGGGCUAGAUUUCACCUUCUUGCAACUCGUACUGUAAACGAAAUUACCUUAUUCGGUUGAAGGUGUAGCGACCACCACUUGCGCAGUAGUUGUGGGUCGACGCCAAGGUCAGGGUGAGGGAGCGAGAGGACCGGACGAGGAGGCUGGCAUCUUGCCAGGACACUCAGGCCAGAGGAGCAGGAGCAGGAGGAGCCUCAUGCUUGCUCUCAACUACUCGGUUUUCAAACUUGACCAGACUAACCUGACCAGCAUCCAGUUCAUGCCCGAGACUAGCCUCGUUGCAAGUGGUAUUCAAAAUGGGAGGUUGUAGUAAUAAUACGGUAGGCCUACAAGAGGUACUACUGUAAUCCUCUUUAUUUUCGCGCGAUGACAUUCCUUUUACUACUUCAAUUAAAUAUGUUCAAAGAGUUGUACUUACUGUUAGCAGAUGUAUUAGUAUGGGCUAUUAUCUUGGAUAACUUUUGCAUACAGGAUAAUUAACGGUUAUGUAAUGUAUAAAAAGUUAUACAUCAGUGUGCAAUUUUAGUAUUUAACCAACGAAAUCAAAAUAAGUGCUAUUACACGCCUUUAUAUUGGUUCAAGACGGACAGGAUUUGUCGUCGGUUCUUCGUUUGUCAAAUGUGUGGGUUGGGCGUGAACUCACCUACCCAACCGCUUGGGCUGGACGGUAGAGCGACGGUCUCGCUUCAUGCAGGUCAGCGUUCAAUCCCCCGACCCAUCCCAAAUCCAUAUCCUGAUCCUUGCCAAGUGCUAUACAGUCGUAAUGGCUUGGCGCUUUUCCUCUUCCCUUCUUCACCCACGUUAUUGUGACUAAUCGUCUGCACAAAGUGAUAUAAUUUAGACAGCAGCUAAUACAACUAUAUAUGGUCACCUCAAAAGCUAACAUUGUUGCCCACGAAGGCCAUUAAUUAUUUAUGAUUAUUUAAUUUCGGUCUGCAAUUGUACACAUUGACAUUCCUCAUUCUAAUACUCCAUUUUUUUAUAAUUGUUAUUAUUGUGGAUGUUAAUGUAUGGUCUGAUAUUUAAGGUUUAAAUUGGAUUUUAUAUACAAUUAUAUUUUACACGAGUUCCAAGAUUUUUAUAUUUUUAAUAUGUAAAAUAUAUUAGUUGUUUCAUGUUAUUCUUUCUGCAGCUUACAUAUAUUUAUGUAGUUAUUAAGCAUAAAUGUAUUGCAUUUAUCAUGUUAGGUCAAGCAGCUUUCAUAUCCUAAAGUGUACAGUGUAAAUAAACUGUAUAAAUAAA